GUGAUUUGCAUUUCUCAAGCCGUUUGUCAUUUUUUUGUGAAUAUUUAAUUAUCUUAGCGCAACGCAGCAAAAAUAGAUCAGGUGACUAAUUAUUUAAAAACCUAGAAGUUCGUUACGCAACUUACAUUUCAAAAAUGUCACCACAGAUCGCACUUCGAAGCUUACUAGCCGCAUAUGGAACACAAAUUUUGACUAUACUACUACAAGUGCAAAUAAAUUCCAUGUACGGUCAUGUAUGCAAAAAUCAGUUAGUGGUGAAAUCUUCAACAUAAAGUAGCCCUUCAAUCACAGGAGCGAAUCAGUCAAAAUUUGUUGCAGAAGAUUACGCCGAGUUACUAACUACCGCCAAGCUUCGCAUUUAAAUUCCGCUCACAAUGCCGCCGAAGGUAGAUGUGAAAACUCUCGCGGGAAAACUCGACAAUGCCGUCAAACUCUUGUACGAAUUAAUGGAAGAAUUCGAAACAAUUUUCUCCGUAAAACCGGAACUAAAAACACUUGAAGCAGCAUUCAGUUUAGUAGAAACCAAGUACAGGCUGGUCAAGAAACAGCAGGAAACAAUUCUGGAUAGACUGGUCGACGAAGGCACUGGCCCAGAAGACGAACUCGUGUUAGCAACAAAGAAAGCUGGAGACAAAACCAAAGCUGAUUUCCUUCAAAUCACUUUAAAGUUUGCUGCAUAUCAAAAGGAACAAAACUCCUCACAAAAUUCUAACAAUGCGACAACUCUGGAAGCGCUAACAUUAUCAAUGUCGUCCAUGACGUCGGCGGUGCAGAAAAUGGCCGAUAACAUCGGAUCAAAACCGUCAAACUCAAGUUUACAACGAUUACCUGUACCAGUAUGGGACGGAACUUGCAGAACCUAUGCCACGUAGAAAAAGGAGUUCAGCCAUUGGAUGAAGAAAUACGGUCAGGAUAAAGAUGAACAAUUGCAACGUUUUCGAAA